AGGGACACCAUUUUAUCCUGGAGACAAGCUUCCAGAGACAUUCAUUGUUUACCAUCCCAUCUCAAUUCCGAGGCUUGAUUUUCAGCCACUUUCAGUACGGUCAUCGCUCCUUACCGGCUCUUCACGUUCGCUCUUUGCUCUAUUCUACGCUUCCUUACCGAACCCCCUCAGCGAUGCGCGCAACCUAAAGCGAAUCCUCCCGCACACCAAACGACUUGAUUCAUGCACCCCUUUUCCAUCCUCACCCUCGGAAUCUUUGUAGCGGGCUACAUCACCGCGCGGUGGGAUCUUGUCACCCGGCUGUACGAAUUAGCCAUUUUUGCAUGGGAUCACGGUGUGGUGACACGUACGGCCAAAGGAUUUCUCCUACUGUCGGUCUUUUUCUUCUUGCUCGUCCUCCCCAUCAAUCAUCUGGCGGCGACCGAGGGUAAAUUGCACCCGCGCUACGUCCACCUAGGGGUCUCCGCUCGAGAACAAUUGCGCCGUCGAGGCUCCUUCUAGAGUACCGGCCGAAGGAAUGACAACAUGCUCAUGAGCGAUGGACUGUUACGGGUAUUCUGGCCAUACGAUCUGCCGCGAUCGUCGUCGCCGGGGGUGAUUGUCGGGUGGAGGAACUCGGAACUGGAUUUGUUCGUGUUGACUGUGUUGGAGGGUGUUGAGGUAAUGCUCUCUUCUGUUUGUGGUUGUCUGGGUUGUGGUCGUCUUGCACAUGUGAGGAGGAGCCAGUCAACGCUGACAUCUUGCUUUCCCUCCCUGCCAGCCAC